AUGGCGGCUCCCAUAGAAGAGAGUAAUGUUGCGGAGGAUUUUAAGAAGCCAAUUUUGCCCCCUCCGUUGCCUCUUUCUCUAGCUCGAGGAAAGGCAGCUGAGCGGGAGGCUCCUAAGCGCCCCCACGGCCCUGAGGUGGGUCCCUGUCCCCUUGUCCUUCCCGAGUAUGAGGAGCCGCCGUGGGGAGGUUGCCCCUCCGAAGAGGAAUCCUCCGGCUACAGCCUGGAGACGGUAAAAGGCGGCGCGGUGCUGGACCGCGUUAGCUUCGCCGGUCGGAGCCGGCUCCUAGUAGGCCGCGCGCCGGGCUGCGACCUCUCCUUGGCUCAUCCGUGCGUGUCGCGGCACCACGCCGUGCUUCAGCGCCGGCCGCCACGGAGCUCCGCGGAAGGGGAAGAAGAGCCCCUGGCCUCGGAGACCCCCGAACCCGGCCUUUAUGUCUACGACCUGAAUAGCGCCCACGGCACCUUCCUCAACAAAGCGAGGGUCCCUCCCCGCACCUACUGUCGAGUGCGGGUGGGUCACGUCUUGCGUUUCGGGGGCAGCAGCCGCCUCUUCAUCUUGCAGGGCCCAGAGGAGGAUCAAGAGCCAGAAUCAGAACUGACUGUAACACAGUUGAAAGAACUGCGUAAGCAGCAACAGGCCAAGUUAGAAAAAACAAUGCUGGGUGAUGAUUCUGAUGAGGAACAAAAGGAAAUUGAAAUAAAGAAAAGUGUAAAUAGUCGGAAUGAUUUAAGCUGUUCCUGGGGAAUGGGGGAAGAUGCAGAGGAAGAAGAGGGUGAAGAAAAUCCAAUUGCUAUUGAGUUUCAAGAGGAUCAAGAAGCCUUUUAUUUGAAAGAUCCCAAAAAAGCAUUGCAAGGGUUUUUUGACAGAGAAGGUGAAGAAUUGGAAUAUGAAUUUGAUUCGCAUGGAACAGGCACAUGGCUUUGUAGGGUGAAGUUGCCUAUAGAUGAUGCCUCAGGGAAACAGCUUGUGGCAGAAGCUAUUCAUUCAGGGAAGAAAAAAGAAGCAAUGAUCCAGUGUUCAUUGGAAGCCUGCAGAAUAUUGGAUGCUAGGGGUGUGUUGCGACAAGAGGCAGUGUCCCGGAAAAGAAAAGCAAAGAAUUGGGAAGAAGAAGACUUCUACGAUAGUGAUGAUGACAUAUUCCUUGAUCGGACAGGAGUUAUUGAACAGAAACGACUCAACAGAAUGAAGAAAGCUGGAAAGAUAGAUGAAAAGCCCGAAACAUACGAUUCAUUGGUUGCAAAACUACAUGCAGCUGAGAGAGAACUCUCUGAGAUAGCAGAGAAGCUGAAAUCUUCAAGGACGACACAGUCCCAUUCAGCAACUCAGGAUUCACUGGAUGAAUUCAUGACAGAAAUCAAGUCAGGCUGUUCCGUAGACAGUGUGACACGUAAAAAACUUCAUUUGAGAACUUUUGAACUGAGGAAGGAACAGCAGCGAUUGAAAGGAUUAAUUAAGAUUGUUACCCCUGCAUCCAUGCCAGAGCUGAAGUCCCAGCUUCAGAAUCAAGAUCUGGAAUCUCAAAAUAAGCCCAAAAAGCUAACUUUACCCCUAUUUGGUGCCAUGAAAGGGGGAAGCAAAUUCAGACUAAAAACAGGGACCGUAGGGAAGCUGCCCAUGAAACGUCCAGAUAUACCAGUAAACCUAUUAAAGAUGAAAGAUGAGGAGCCAGAAGAGGAGGAAGAAGAGGAGGAGGAGGAGGAAGAUGAUGUGAACAACAGUGUAAAUCAAAGCUCACAGAACACAAAGAUGGAAAUGGUUAAAGAAGGGGAUCUCUCCAGUUCUUAUUCAGCCAGAAGGCAAAGACUUAACUGUCAGUCUGAGUCUUCAAGCAAGCAUACAAGCCCAUUAGCUCAUAAUUCCCCAGUGAAUGAAUUGCAGAUAAAACUAGAAGCAUCUGAGAUGCCAGCAGAAAAACCGAAGAAUCAGAAAGUUAGCAGUAAACCUAAGAUUCAACAUUCAUCAUCCUCAAACUAUCCAGAAGAUGAUCCAGAUUACUGUGUAUGGGUACCACCUGAAGGUCAGAGUGGUGAUGGCAGAACCCAUCUGAAUGCUAAAUAUGGCUACUAAAUUACCCUGAAAAGUAAAGAAGUAUGGCACAGCAAGUGAUAACUGGUACAAUAUGCCAUUGAAAUGACAAGCAACAAUUUUUUGUUCAUUUUCUUAAACACUGUUUAAUGAUUCCUGAUCCUUAAGGAUGUUUUUCCCUAGAAGUGAAUGUGUGUAUAAUGUUCAUCCUAAUGUAUAUAGUGGUGAUAAUUAAGAAUUUACAGGUAACGUAGAUAUAGCAAUGUUGGUUUUAUAAAAACUUUUUAAAAAAUGCUUGUUUUUAUUUCUUUAACAUUAUUUCUUGAUGUAAAAGCGGUAAAGGAAUUAGUAAAUUAUUUCUUGAUAUAAAGGGGUAAAGGAAUUAGUUUUAGAUUUCUAUUUAGUCAAUAUGUAUGCUAAGGGCUACUUCAAAUACUUUGAUGAUUGGGUUGAUUAUCAAAAUGUUUUCUGCCUGUCCAUGUACAAGUAUACAUUUCCACAAAAUACAAUUGCCAAUUGCCCGCUCCAGGUGGAGCUGCUGAAACUUAGGCUAAUUUUUAUCCUUCCUUUCUGUUGCAGUCUUUUCUGUAAAAGUUCUUUGUUAUUGUUUUUCUUUUUUCUGUCUACAAGAAGGUGAAAUACCAACACAUUCAUAUCUUGGCCAGUUGUAGAUUAGUAUUAAUGUGGGUGGGAAAGUGUGUUAAUCUUUGGCAGUUCCUGAAAGAAUGCUAAAUAUCACUGGAUAGUUAAGAGAGUCAAAGCUAAGAUAUGGAAGUACUAUGAAUUAGUACUGAAUAGUAUAUCUGAAAUUUUUUGGAUAAGCCAGAAAACAAGGCUUCUGCCCAAAAGGCAAUUAUCCUUGGUCUAGACCAGGUUUUACUGCAUAAUUUCUACAUUUAGGCUGCAUCAUGUUUCAUAUGAGAAAAGAAUAGAAAUUGCAUUUAAAAGGAAAAAAACAAACUAGGGGCAUACAAUAUAGUCUUAUCUACUAUGUAAACAUAUUAGUUAUGAGAAUGGAACCAGUUCGGGACAGGAGAGGGGGAAGCACUGGAAAAUGUUUACUAGUUUCAAUGUUCUUUCAAUGGUAAAAUAGAGCCUGUAGUUUUGAAGCCUUACAUUAAUGGAUUUGCUAGCAAGUAGGAAUGUGAGAAUUACACAAUUCAUAGACAGAAAGGAGUAUUGAGCUCGUAAGUAUGGCCCUGAAGUUAGUUUAAUUCCAUAAAUUAUGGGUGAAAGAAAAGAUAUGUGAUUGGGCCUGAGACAGACUUUAUGAAAUAUGCUAAACCCCCAUAUUUAUCUAAAGCAUAAAAAUCUACUUCCAUUUUGUUCCAGCUGUAACAUUCACAUACUAAUAAUCAUUUCUCUUAUACCUAAAAGAUUUUAAGAGACAUUUAUUUUACACUUAUGCGAAAACCCAGAUUUUGGAGAUAUAUGGAUCAGAGGGAGGUUUAUUUCUAAGAUCUCUAAUGUGGCUCUUUUAAGGAUCAGAGUCCCAGUAAUUUUAAUCUUUUUAAAAAAUGGAAAUGGGCAUGCGACAAAGUAAAGUAUAGAUAAAGUAGCAUUAGACUUAUUUGCCAAAUGCCUCAUUCCUCUGAAAUUCCGAGAAAAGAAACAUAGCUAGUGGCAGCUUAUGCUUUGGAGAGCUCUGCCUAUUUGCAUACUAAACUAAGCUUGGGAUAUAGGAAAUAUCCUGGAGGAAAUAAAACAAGUAGCAACUUCAAAAAUGUGUCUUUAUCUGGAAGCAAAAUAAAUACAGUUUUCUUUCUACUAAGUGGGAAUGUUAGGACUGGUUUUGCCCAAUAUAAUAGCAGUUUGAAAAUAAUUAAGCCUCAUGAAAUCUGGCAUUUAUGAAAUUUCAAAUGUCCAAAAUGGUUGUUGACCUCCGAUUUAUCAAAUAUUUCACCUUGUUUAGAGAUAAGCUGCCAUCUUCAGCAACAGCUUUUCAUUCCUUUGAGUCAUCCAUUCUUAGUAAAGAUUACUAAUCUAUUCUUAGCAAAGAUUACUAAGAACAUAAUGAGUAUAUUAUAAAAUUAUAGGGAUUUUUUAGCCCUUGCUAUAAUUUAAAAUUCUCCUCCAACUGUUAAUUCAUUUCUGUCACUCAUUUGUGACUACUUGGGGUUUAAGCUGUGAGUGUUCCCAAAGUUUCCUUUAAAAAAGAAACAGAUUUUCACUUAUCAGGCAUACCAUGUCCAAGACUGCAAAAUAUGGAAGGUCAUAGAUGGCAGCAAAAUGACUUAGAGAUACAGAAGUCCCUCUGCUGCCAUCUAACGACCAUCUAGAUUUUUACAACCUAGAAAUAUGUCAAAGCUAUCCUUCCAGUGUUCCUCCUAAAUAUACAAAUGAUAGGAAACCUUUUUGUUUUUAAUCCAAAUGAACAUUCUUUAUUUCUUCUCCUCUGUUUUUUCUCAUGCCAGCAGACACAGAAAGAUUUAAAUUAUUAAGGCCUGCACGUGGGUGGAAGCUGUGAGGGUAUUUUAGAUAAUUCAGUCUGCUGUUCUUUGUUCCACAUUACAGAAAGCUCUUGUCGAUGUUCUCCUUUAGUCUUGUGUGACAUGAACUUCCCUCAGCAAGCCAUAAUUGUGGCCAGACUCUCUGUGUGACCACAAGAGUUAAAUGAAAAGAAGACAUUCCUGAUUGCUUGUAGUUUAACUCUGCAGUUUUACACAGCAGCUUCAUACAUUAAGAUGGAAAUAUAAGCCAGCUGAAUGGGGCAGAAAUAAUAAGGUACAGCACAGUGAUUGAAAGUUAAUCUAAUAAUAGGACCAAGCUUCAGAUUAAUCCAGUUCCAUUGGAUCAAAGCAUACCUAAUCAUCAUCUCUUCCAGACUGGAGAAAAUGUCUCUAAAUAAUCCAGGAAUAUAAAAAAUUGUGAAUUGGGAUGGGUUGUUAUUUAAAUCAUUAUAGAGGCAAUUGUUGUGUGAAAGGAGAUGCUGCUCAACAGUUGAAAGAUUUGAAACUUUAAAAAAAUGGGGGAAACCAGCCAAGUGUCUUUAAGAUGGCAGAGUGGAUUGGCAGUUAAGCCAAACUGUCUCCUUAGAAGCACUUUAAGUUUCUAAUGUGGAUGGUAAAUAAUUAUUCAUAUUUUAUUAAGGUAUACAAGGUAUAUAAUGGAGGAGGGAAAAGGAUAAAGGUAUAGGAUAAAGGGGGAAAGAAAAACAGAUUUCUGACUCUUUAGCUCAAUAGAAUGACAUCAUGACAGUCACAACUUUUUACUUUUACAUAAUAUGUAUUAGCAUUUCUAUAACAACAACCUAGCUAAUCAACAAAACCCAAAGUCAAUGUUUCAAUUUUUUUUCCCAUCUCAAGCACAAAAUCCAGAAAUGGUUUCCAAGUAGAAACAAAGUUGGAUGUGUUCUUUUCCUUGUUUAAAGCAGUUAAUUUAGCCAUCUCUGCCAGUUCCAUCAGUUUUUCCAGCUAUUCAUCUGUUGUGGAAAUUAAAGUAUCUUUCCAUUUUGGGGCAUAUUGGUAAAAUAAUUAUUAAGUUCAGACCUAUUAAUGCUCUGUUUAAAAUAAAAGACUGGUCAGUUAUUAAAUUGGAGUUGUUGUUUUUUGUUAUUAGAUGAUCAGAAGUGUAUGCAUGUGAGUGUUUGUGUGCAUAUCUUUGUAGCUGUUUUUUCCCCUGCCCAUUUGGGUGGGAAGCUGUUAUUUCAGAAUCCUUUAAAUAACCCAUGUGAGUUUUUUCCUCAUAAAUUUUCAUCACCCUCUGUUAAUAAAAUAAUCACAUAUUUUUCUUAAAAACAAUUUGGCUUUACUGCUUUGACCUUUACCCAAGUCAUGAAAGAUUUAUUGUUGUCUCCAAAUGCAUCUUUCCAACCCAGAAAGAAACUUAAUUUCUCAAAGGCUGCUGUAAAGCUGAGUUUAAAAAUGUCAAGUGGACAACCAAAUUGCAGGAAGAAAUUCAACAGACACAAUGCAGCAUGUGUGCAAUUAAACAGUGAAAGAGGUAGAAUUUCACUGUAUACAGAACAAAUCCUUUUAUCAGCUGGCAUCUGAUCAUCAUUUACAAGUUUUGUGGUUAAGUAUUUAUACACAGUGAACUUAUUUCUGCCCUUCCUGGUAAAUCUUGGCUGUUUAAAAUAAAAAACAGAUGCUGGCAAACAAUUCUGUUUUUUGUAAACCUAUGUUUUGGUGAAAAUCUUGAUAGGAUACUUUUGUACUUUCCCUCAAUUGCUUGCAUGUGUUUCCAUCUUGUAGAAAGUUGUGCUUGAGACUAUGUCUAUCUUUUUGUGAAAUGCUAAGAUGCCAUUCAGGACAAAUUUAAAAAGAGCUUAACUAGUUUAUAUCGCCAUGCUUUUGGAGAAGAGACUGCUUGCCCUUUUUUUAAAAAAAUCAUCACACAAGAACUCUACAAAAAGAAAACUAGGAUCAGAUUAUUAAAGCAGCAAUUUAUAAGUUCAAUUGCAGGCUAUGGGAUGUGACCUUACUCAAAAGCAGCCAUUAGUAUUAGUUUUUAAGCAUUCAAACCUACACAUGGCUUUAUCCACAAGCAGAAAUAACUUUUCCCAUACAAAGUUGGUGGCAUCUUGUUACUGGUCAUCUUGUUGGGACACCAGUGUGCAGCCUUUUCUCUGAUGUAGGGAGAAGGCGGCUAUGGGGUUGAGCUUGAGAUCUUGACCCAUAUUCUCUGAAUAAAAUCUGUGAUGACCAUAGAGAUUACAUCACUUGUUCCUGCAACUGCUGCAGCUGGAUUGUUCUAUCAGGGUGUCCAAUUGUAGAUUGAGGCAUUAAGCAAUGAGAGUGAUAGGAACAACUAAGUGUAUGGCAGAAGUUUUCUCAUUUUCACUGCAAUGCAAAGCCCCCAGCAGCUGUCAUAUCCAUACGCAAAACAUCAAGCUCCCGCCACCUUCACACAUCUGCUACAUUUCCAAAUGCUUCCACGCUAUUUUUUUUUUUAAAAAAAACUGUCAAUAUGGCAUGGUGUGGCAUCUUUCAAAGGUUCAUAUGCAGAAAAGCAUUUCUGAGGCAAUGACUCACAUAGCAUAUGAACACAGCCAUUUGGAACAUGUUUAGUCAGAAGAGGAUCCCUUGUUUUCAUCAGAAUCUUCAUCCAAACUCUUUGAACACAGAAGCAUUCUGCAUUCCCCAGGCUGCAGAGAACAAGUCCAUCAUGAAAAAUUCACUCUGAAAUAGGAAAAGAAAAGAAUGUAGAGGGGCUUCUUAAAUGAGAGGCUGUCAUUAAAUAUAUCUUCCAUGAUUAAUGGAACUAACCUUAAUUAAUCUGUAUAAUAGUGAGCUAGGAAUUAACCACAUGUGAUGCAUUUGCACAACUUGCUAGAUUAAAAU